AUGCCCACUAAAGCAUUCGAACACAUUCAUGUCGCCGUCGUGGGAAAGUUCGAGGACGGCGAGAAAUUUCAAGGCUGGAUACGACACAAUGGUGGGGAUUAUUAUAAGAAGGUCGACUCGCGUGUUACUCAUCUGAUUGCAUCUGAGGACGCCUUUCGAAAGAAUGUUGAAGCAGUUCAGACAGCAAAAGAGCUGGGUACAAUCCAUAUUGUCAACUACGACUGGCUUUAUGACUCGCUUCAGACUAAACCUUCACCCCGUCCAAAGAAGGCAGUGGCAUAUCUUUGGGAAAAUAUCCUGGAGCCGGAGUUGAGGCCUCUAAAGAGACCAAGACGGUCGUCGCCACCGCAACCUGCCCCAAAGCCCAAGAGCCGCAUAAAGGAUCCAUUUGCUAAAACAACCCCCGCCAAACGCCGGAGGACUGUGGCUUUGCCCAAGGGAAAUGUUUACGUCGAAGAAAGUACCAAUGAAUCUUGGGACGCGACAUUGCAUCGUCCACAGCAAGAUGGAAAACGUGAGAAGUUUCGUGUGGCGAUCUUCAAGUCUAUGCAGAAGCCAGAAACUUAUUCAGUGUAUGCAAAAUAUUCUCGCGUGGGGAAAUCAGAAGUUACGGUCCUUGCUCCUCCAAAGAGCAGCCUGACAGUCGCAAAGACCAAAUUCAAGGAGCUUUUUCUCCUUCAAACAGGGAAAGAAUGGGAGGACAGAACAGAUUCAACUCUUCCUCCUCCUAAGAAGGACGAUGAAGGAAAUUCUCUACCUUUCCAUGAAGGCUGGUAUGAUUACCAAGCGGAAAGUGUUUUGUCCGUGUUCCUUAAGCAACCUGGUCUGUCUGAGCGCCCGGUGGCGAGUGAAGGGGAUGUUCCUCGUGUCGAUAAAUCAGAGGACACGAAAAGUCCAGUCAAUGAGCAUGUAUCUUCUGCUGAUGGGAAAGCCCCUCUGGAGAUGCCCGCGUCGAUUGGGGAAGACAGCGGCUUUGAUGCUGAUGUCGACUCCUUGGAGAUGAAUUUGGCUCACUCAUUUCGUGGAUCUUCGCCUGUCGUGCCGCUAGAAGAUUUUGUGGCUAAUGGCCGGGAUCAUGGUGCUGAAAUUGGGGAUUUAGCAUAG